CAUACCUGAAUGCAUACCUGAAUGCAUACCUGAAUGCAUACCUGAACAACAUUGAACUUCUACCCUACAACCACCCAACUUGUUCGCCUAUACCAAGAUUUUCGACAAGAUGAGCGACGACGAUGACGUCCAAAUUGAAGGACCAGCUUUGGCGGAAGAUGAUCCCAUGCGCGCAUUCUUACCUACUUCAUUCGGGAAGAAAACGAAAGAGGCUGACAUAGCUGCACAAAUCGACCGAAGCAAGAGAACUAUCAACGAGCCGAUAUCUCGUCAAUCCAAGUCACCAGAAUCAGAUUCGAACAAUGACAGCGAUAGCGAUGAUGACUCAGAUGGCGCAGAUGACGAAGACGAAUAUCCUACAUCCCACGAAAUGAUCAUCAAAACUCACGACCGCGCCGUUACUUCGCUUUCGCUAGAUCCCGCUGGUGGCCGAUUAAUAUCGGGAUCAAUCGACAGCACCGUCAAGCUCCACGAUUUCUCUUCCUUGACCCCAACCACCAUCCGAGCCUUCAGGAGUGUUGAUGCUUAUGAAACCAAGUCAUCCGCCGCUUCAGAGUCCCAUCCGGUACACCAUGUUGAGUUCAAUCCUCUUGCUGGGAGUGUCUUCCUUUGCAUUUCGGCACAUCCCCAAGCCAAAAUACUAUCUCGAGACGGUGAUAUUGUGACCGAAUUCGUCAAAGGCGAUAUGUACCUUCGGGACAUGAAUAACACCAAGGGCCAUGUUUCCGAGGUGACAACAGGUACGUGGCAUCCCACAGACAAGAAUCUGUGUGUCACCGCAGGGACGGACAGUACUUUGCGCAUAUGGGACAUCAACAACAAACGUUGCCAGAAGGAGGUGCUGGUUUUCAAAUCGAAAGCCCCCGGAGCCGCAGGCCGAACACGAAUGACCGCUGUUGCUUGGGGCACUCCGGCACAAGGUGGCAACAACGUGCUCGUCUCUGCAGCUCUCGAUGGGACCCUGGUGAUGUGGAGCGGAAAUGGACCAUUCACACGACCUGUCGGGGAGAUCAGAGAGGCCCAUAAACCAAACACUUGGACUGGAGGUAUAGACAUUAGUUCGGAUGGACGAAUGAUAGUAACGAGAGGAGGCGAUAACUUGAUCAAGUUAUGGGAUACGCGGAAAUUCAAGGAGCCCCUGCUCUUUGUUGAGCAUCCGUCCACCUCCGAUCAUUAUCCAACAACCAACAUCAAAUAUGCGCCGAAUUCUACAAGCAUCAUCACUGGGUCGGCAACGGGCCAUCUUCACAUACUAAACCCCGGGAACUUGCGCCCCGAAUACAUUACACCUAUUACGCCCGGGUCGCCUGUCAUUGCUGUGGACUGGCACCCCAAGAUUAACCAGAUAAUCACUGGGUCCGCAAAUGCGGAAACGCAUAUUCUAUACAAUCCCUCCAUGUCGACAAAGGGUGCAGUGGAUGUUAUGUCGCGCGCUCCGAAGAGGCGACAUAUCGAUGACAACCCAGAGUUCACUACUGACCAGUCCCUUGGGCUCUCCGGGGACUCGAUUAUCACCCCAGGAGCGUUGCCUGGAACUAGGAAGACCGGUGUCACGGCGUCUGGAAAAUCAAAGGAUCCCAGGAGGCCACACGUUCCCCAGCAGACUCCAUUUUUGCGAAGCCAGCCUGACGAAAAGCACAUUAGUGAGAACAUUCCGCUGAGUCGAAUGCUACACGAGGAUCCUAGAGAAGCGCUUCUCAAGUAUGCAGACUUGGCUAAAAAGGAUCCUGUAUUCACGAAGGCGUGGAAGAGCACGCAGCCUGUAACACAGUACGCCGACGUAAGUGACGACGAAGAUGACGGCCCAGAUAAGAAGAAGGUGAAGAGAUGAGAAGCUAGGUACUCAAUGAAGAUGCGGAUAUCGCCGCAGCAAAUGUGAGACUUGAUUCCUUAAGAUAGCUUGUCUAAUAAGUUGUACCAGUUAAAUACUACUUACCUACCUAGGGUACCUAGGUAUGUAUAUAAGAUAUCACCACCUAGGGGCCGCGAUGGAUUCCGGCAAAGCUUAGGUAUGCAUAAGAGCUAGGCACCUGAAAUCCUAGCGCUUCUUGCUUUGUACAAUACAUACUAGGCAUAGAGUUACAGGGUGGUCAGUGAAAGGUAGGCCCAUAUGUAGAUCGACAAUGCCGGGCUUAGGCCAAUGGCAAAGACCCUGGGAAGCUUACUGGAAGUUUAUGAGUUUUAGGGAUAUUGAUAGGAACAUUAAGGCUAGGUUAGGUACUUACAUACUCUGCUUUGGAUUACCUAUCUCUACUGUGGACAACUGAAAUAAAGGUUUCUACUAUCUAAUUUAUAGUCUAAGAACAAAAGUCUGAGAACAAAAUACUAUCUACAUAGUAACACUUAGGAUAGCAGUGCAGUGAGUAGGUAGUAAGUUAAUAGCUACUUAUGGCUUUCUUGCUGUAGUUGUUUAUCACACAUUCACGGAUGCUUUAUGAACUUCAAUGCUGACAAGCUUGAUCAUUUUCACCAAGUAUUAGACACCAAUGUUUCCAAAGAAUAAAUAUACCUAGGUAGG